AUGAGAAAAACCCCUCUAACGAUACCUUUGACAGAGGCAGAGGAGGAUAUACUCAAGGAAUUAGACCCAGGAGUUUAUCAAAAGACUUUCGUUACAAAUGAACCUCGUACAUCAGUAUUCAAAGAAUUCAUUGACAACGAUAGAAUUAUAGGUCCUUUUGAGUUUACGAACCUAUCUGGGAAUUCAUGUAGAAUCAAUUCGUCUGUACUAGCACCUAGACGAGACAAUGAAGAGAAGUUCCGAGCAUAG